AUGAAGGAGGUUUCCAACAAGAACUUUUUGAGACCUCGUCGGAGAUACAUGACUGUUGUUGCGAACAAUAGUGAGGAUGAAUUUAUGGAAUUUAAUGAUCGACCCGUGAUUGAUUUAUUUGCACCAACAACUUCAAUGAGAGAAUCAUUUUUUGUGAAGGAGCAAAUGAAACUACAAACGAAAAAAUCAAUCGGAAAAUCAUCAUCGAUUGGAGGAACCACUGAUCGGAACGUGUUAUGUCUUGGCCUUUUUAUUUUAUUCUUCUUUUUCAUUUCGAUAUGUGUAUUUAUAUUCUGGCUAGAACCAAUAAUAUUAGGAAGAAUUUAUAGAGAUGGAAGUAGAUUUUUAUUUAACCUGUCUGCACCUCUUACACCAAAGAAGUAG